GGAGGGCCAGAGACAGCCAGGCCAGGCCAGGCCCGGGCCCCGCCGUGAAGAUGAGCUUCCCCGCACUCCCUCGGGCUCCGGCCGCCUCCCCCGGGCCGCGGGCCCUGGGCAGCACCGGCACUCCCGUGCUGGCCGAGUGUCCCUGUAACGACGAUGAACAGGAGAGACGGCAACGCCGGCGCUCCAAGGCUACCGACCUCCGGCUGGGCAACGCCGACUCGCAGCUCAGCCUCGCCUCCUCACCCGCGCCCAGGCAGGCGGAGGCAUGGCAGCCGGCACAGUGGAGCAACACGCAGAUCUCGGAGCACUACAGCACCUGCAUCAAGCUCUCCAAUGAGAACAAAAUCACCUUGAAGAAUGCCUUCGUCUUACACCUGAUAGACUAUAUGAAGGAGAUCCUGAAAGCGAAGGACUCUGAAAUGACCAACUUCAAGGUGGCAGCUGGCACGAUUGAUGCCAGUGCAAAGAUCUACGCCGUGCGCGUGGAUGUGAUCCACGCAGAUACAUACAAAGUUCUCGGAGGCUUGGGCAAGGAAUCGGCAUCUACAAAAAAUGUGGAUAGCUCGCCGAAAAGAGAAGGCAGUCCGGUUCCUGGGGCUGUCCAGAGAGUUCAGACAAAGAAAAAGCACUCAUGCAAAACCAUCGAAGAGAACUUGAAUAACAUCAAUGUGCCAGAGGCUAAUCCCAGAUGUGAGGUUGACCCCUUGUUCCGGAGAACAGCCAUAUCUUUUGACGAAUGCAGCACAGCUGGCAUUUUCCUUACGGGGCUGCAUACCCAAGGCUGCCACAGUGAGCUCCUCUUUGACUCAAAGAUUGUACCUCUCCCUUCUUCAGAGACCAUCACGCUGCCAAACCCUGAUCCUGUGAAAGUGACGGAUUUAAAGUCCGUGCUAGCACAGUGCAUUGAAAAACGCCUCAUCUGCUCUUCACUGGCUGGUUUCCACUUUACAAAAUGGGAUGCUGAAUCCCAUCAAGAGUCAGUGUCAGCCCUGUUGGAUAAAUUUCAGAAGAGUGACCAAGCAUUCGAUAUCAAUGCAGAGGUAGACAGCGAUGUGGAAGACAAUGUUCCCACCCAGCCAGAUGAUGACUUCAUUUCUGACUCCCCCAGUAAUACAGUAGCAGGCCAGACUGGGGAAUUCGCAGGAAACCUCAACUCCUUUGGAACAGGCUGCCAGAGGAAGGGAACUGAUGUGGUUGCUUUCGGAGAGGGAGACAUCAAGGUGAUGUGCCAUCAUCUCUCUACGGAACCAAGGGAAUACUCCUAUUUCAGUCCCCGAACUCUGUCCAUGUGGGCUGGCCCAGAGCACUGGCGCUUCAAACCUCGACACACAUCUGCUGCCUCUACAAAAGAGGCCAAGAAAAAGAAUGCAAAAAAAGCAUUUGAAAUCAACUUUGAUGAGGAUAUUGACUUUAAGACAUAUUUCCGUAAGACCAAGGCUUCUGUAGUUCUAGCCAAGUCCAUUCUGGAAAACCAGAACACAAAGAGCACCACGCUUCCCCCAGACUUCAAUUAUGACCCUGACUGCAUUCUCCAGCUGUCCCUCAAACCAGCUGUGAAGCUCUGGAGGAAGCCCGAGCUGAGCAGCCCGAUGGAUCACGAAGAUCAGAUCGGCGAGUACGAUUACAACAACCCCAACGACACCUCCAAUUUCUGCCCUGGGUUGCAGGCUGCAGACAGCGACGAUGAUAAUGACCCUGUUCAAUUCAUGGGCCAGACAAGGGAGUUCAACCUUACCACCCACCCUGAGGGUGAGGAAGCUUUGCUCAAUGGGGUUGGCAAUGGCGAUAUCACAGUGUAUGGAGAGCUGAACCUCAUUGCUGAGCCCCUGAAGAUCAAUAAGAUAGAAAUUCACUAUGCAAAGACAGCCAAGAAAAUGGACAUGAAGAGGCUGAAGAAAAACAUGUGGGACCUCUUGACCGAUAGACAUGAGAAAGUAACAAUGGCAGAGGCGGAAGAUGCAGAGAAAGAGAACACAUCAGUGGUAGCAGGAGACAAGAUCUUCAGCAGCAUCACAAAGCAACUGUUUCACAGCCUGCCUUCUGCGAUGGCAAACAAUCUGUCUGUCCCCUUAGCCUUCGCCUGCCUCUUGCAUUUGGCAAACGAGAAGAAUCUGAAGCUAGAGGGCACAGAGGACCUGUGUGACGUCCUAGUGAAACAAGGCAACUGAGCCCUGCACGGAGCAGACGCCCAGGGCUGACCCCUAGGACAGCUCAGCAUCCCAGCUGACCAGUGCUGGCUCUGGACUAGCUCAUCAGUGGCAGAUUUUUCUCCUCCCAGCACUGUUGCUGAGAAAUCCCACUGGUCUCUGCACCUCAGUAAGACUUAAAUCAAGGAUACCCCUCCUAAAAGGACUGGCAUAGAUGGACAGUUGCAGCUCAGCCUGCCUGGCUCCUGCCAUCUUCAAUCCAGCAGCUCUUUCCUGGGUCUGGGGAGCAGAUUUCCUCCACCUCACGCUGAACCGCCCAUGCCUGCUAGCGAAAGGCUCCCUCCGCGUCUCCCUCCCUGUCCAUCUGCAAUUCCCAGUACGUGGACUGACCGUUAUUUGUGUCUCCCGUUUCUCCUGUAGUCCUGGUUCGCCCCAUGGAAUUAUUUACUUUUUAUACUGAGCUUAGAGAUAAUAAAUUACAACAGAUUUUA